AUGCUUCUUCGUCGAGUUGUCCACAACACAUCCUCCAUCAGGUUCUAUUCUUCCAUGACUCUCCAGCCACUUCCCAAGCCCGCACGAUUCGCUCAGACUCCUAAGGACGUGUGGUCUCUCAUCAACGAGGCUGCUGCUGCUUCCGAAGAGGCUUCCGGAAAGAAGGUGGUCAACCUUGGCCAGGGCUUUUUUUCCUACUCGCCUCCUCAGUUUGCCAUUGAUGCUGCUAAGAAGGCUCUUGAUGUACCUGCGCUGAAUCAGUACUCUCCUACACGUGGUCGACCUUCUCUUCUUAAGGCUGUCUCUGACGCUUACUCUCCUUACUUUGGACGAACUCUUGAUCCUGCCUCCGAGAUUGUCAUUACUGCCGGUGCCAAUGAGGGCAUGUACGCCGCCUUCACCGCCUUCCUGAACCCGGGCGAUGAAGUCAUUGUUUUCGAGCCCUUCUUCGAUCAGUACAUCUCCAACAUUGAGCUUCCUGGUGGAAAGGUCGUCUAUGUUCCCCUCCACCCCCCCAAGGAUUCUCAGCAUACCUCCUCUGCCGCCAAUUGGUCCUUGGACAUCGCGGAGUUCGAAGCUGCCAUCACCCCCAAGACCAAGAUGAUUGUUGUGAACACCCCUCAGAACCCCACUGGUAAGGUCUUCAGCAAGGAGGAGCUGACCCAGAUUGGUGAGCUUGCCGUCAAACACAACCUCAUUGUGCUAUCCGACGAGGUCUACGAUCGUCUAUACUUUGAGCCAUUCACCCGAAUUGCUACUCUUAACGAGGCUCUUGCUCGUCUGACUCUCACUGUUGGAUCUGCCGGAAAGAUUUUUGCUGCUACCGGAUGGCGAGUCGGCUGGCUGAUCGGAAACCCUGAUCUGAUUAAGUACGUCGCUGCUGCUCACACCCGAAUCUGUUUCUGUGUCAAUUCUCCUCUCCAGGAAGCCUCCGCACAGGCUCUGAUCCAGGCCCAGACUAACUCGUACUACGACGACACUAUUGCUAGCAUCAAGAAGAAACAUGAGCUGCUCAACUCGGCGUUUGAAUAUCUUGGACUGCCCUACUCUCAGGCCCAGGGUGGCUUCUUUGUGCUUGUCAACUUCUCCAAGGUGAAGAUUCCCGCUGAUUAUGCUUUCCCCUCUGACCUGGACGGCCGAGCCAAGGAUUUCCGAACCGCAUAUUGGCUUAUUAAGGAGGUUGGAGUUGUUGCUAUCCCUCCCACCGAGUUUUUCAUUCCCGAGCAUGCUCAUCUCGCUGAGGAUUACCUGCGAUUUGCUGUCUGCAAGGACGAUGAUCUGCUUGAGGAGGCUGUGGAGCGACUCAAGGGACUCAAGAAGUACAUUGAGUAA